CUCUCUCUCUCUCUCUCUCUCUCUCUCUCUCUCAAACUGUUCGAUCUUCAACGCUUAGAGAAGCCAUGGCCGAGCCAGAAGAGAUUCCCGGCGAGUCGUUCAUGGAGAAGAUCCGCUCCCACACCCGCUCCUCCUCCUCGUCUUCGUCGUCUUCCGACGACGACAAGCCGUCCAAGAAGGCCGAUUCCGUCAUGCCGGCUAAGGAUGACGAUGACGUCAUGCACAAGGUUGAGGAAGUCCUCGACAAGGCGCACGAUUCCGUCAAGUCCAACAAGUUCAGGAUCUUCGGCCGGGAAAAGCCCGUUCACAAGGUCCUCGGUGGCGGCAAACCUGCUGAUGUCCUCCUAUGGAGGGACAAGAAAGAAUCUGCAAGUGUUCUUGGUGCAGCCACUGUACUGUGGAUUUUUUUUGAGUGUCUUGAAUAUCAUUUGAUAACUCUGUUCUGCCAUAUAAUGAUCCUUUUUCUGGCUGUCUUCUUCUUGUGGUCCAAUGGAUCUUCCUUUAUCAACAAGGCUCCACCCGAAAUCCCAAAAGUUCAAAUUCCGGAGAAGUGUGUUCUUGAUAUUGCCUCUGCACUGAGGAUUGAACUCAACAAAGGGUUCCAUGUUCUGCGGGAAAUUGCAUCUGGGAGAGAUUUGAAGACAUUCCUCGGUGUUAUAGCUGUCUUGUGGAUUGUGUCAGUGAUUGGCAAAUGCUUCAGCUUCCUGACCUUAUUCUACUUAACCUUUGUCUUGCUGCACUCAGCGCCACUGAUCUACGAGAAACAUGAGGACCAGAUUGAUGCUGUUGCUGAGAAGGCAUGGAUCGAGUUUAAGAAGCAGUAUGCAGUGUUCAAUGAAAAGGUUUUGAGUAAGAUACCCAAAGGUCCGGUGAAAGAGAAGAAGAGGGAUUAGACACACCAUGCUGGAGUCAAUUCUGUUUACUAGGCUUUACAUCAAGUAACUGCGGUUUUAGUCCAGUCUUGAACCAUCAUUCGUUCAUGCUGGAGUUAAUUCUGUUUACUAGGCUUUACAUCAAGUAACUGCGGUUUUAGUCCAGUCUUGAAUCAUCAUCUGUUAGAUUACCUCUAUCUGCGUUUCAUUUUAGAACUGGUUUAAUGAGCCCACAGAUU